AUUAAUGCCACCGAGCCAUCGUUCGUGCAUUUCUCUAACUUUAUACAAUUUGGUUUCUCAGCUGUAGGCUUAACAAAGACAUGGGGAAGGGUCCUGGGCUCUACUCCGAAAUCGGAAAGAGAGCUCGAGAUCUUCUUUAUAAGGAUUAUCAGGGCGACCAGAAGUUUACAGUCACCACCUACUCUCCUAGUGGAGUUGUUCUUACUUCAACAGGAACUAAGAAAGAUGACCUGUUUCUGGCUGAUGUCAAUGUGCAGCUCAAACAAAAGAAUAUCACCACUGAUAUUAAAGUGGACACAAGCUCUAAUCUCUUUACUACUGUAACAAUUGAUGAGCCUGCUCCUGGACUGAAGACAAUUCUGACCUUCAAAGUUCCCGAUCAACGGUCUGGAAAGUUAGAACUUCGAUACUUGCAUGACUAUGCCGGAAUAUCCUCAAGCAUCGGGUUGACACCUAACCCUGUCGUUAACUUCUCUGGUGUUCUGGGAAACAACAAAUUUGCUGUGGGAAGUGAUGUGGCAUUCGACACUAAGGAAGGUGCAUUUACCAAAUACAACUUCGGAGCUAGCUUUACCAAUACCGAUCUUAUUGCUGCUUUGUCUGUGAAUGAUAAGGGCAACACGUUGAGCGCAUCGUACUACCAAUUGGUGAAACCUCUAACCAAUACUGCAGUGGGUGCCGAGGCGACGCAUAGCUUCACAAGCAAUGAGAACACGCUGACCAUUGGCACACAAUAUUCGCUCGACCCGUUAACCACUGUGAAGGCCCGGAUGAACAACUCCGGCAAGGCUAAUGCUCUCCUCCAGCACGAAUGGCGUCCUAAGUCCCUCAUCACUCUGUCAGCCGAGGUCGACACCAAGUCCAUCGACAAGAAUGCCAAGUUUGGGUUGGCUCUGGCUCUCAAACCAUGAGCGGUGGAAGUCUGUAGCUGGCAAAUUCUAGAUGCUUUUUGGGCUUAUUUUGAUUUCUCAUAACUCACAUUUUUAUCAUUCAUUCCAUUGUGGCUUCUGAUUUCAAGAGUGUCUUUUUUGUUAAAUUUGAUUUUAAGCAUUGCAUGUGUUUUUGCCCAUUUAUUAUA